GAAAUAAAAAUAUUCUCCAUUUCCAUCAGAAAACCACACAAUACUUCUCCUUCUCCUAUAGGUGAAGAAAAGGAAAGAAAAUCAGGAAGAGAUUUUGAGCUGGAAAAAGUAGAGUAUGUGGAACUCAAGGACACAAUAUACAAAAAGGUCAAGGGAAAUUAUAUUUCCAUUCAGAAAGGGAAAUAUCUGGAAGUCAGUGGAGAGGAAAAGGUCAAAUAAAUAGGAACACAGGGCAGACAGUAAUACAAGUGUUGCCCUGGGAGGAAGAAAAGGACAUAUAUCAAAGCACCACUAAACAAGGGAUCACGCAUAUUUUUGACCUUCUCAAGAAUAUCAGAUUUGUGUGAAUAUCAGUGCUGGAAAAGCUCCAUAGAUGUGCCUAUUGUGAGAAAAGUUCUAUUCACAAGUGAUUAUGGAGGGGAAAAUCCACUCUGAAGAAGAACAGAUACAAAUUAUCUGAAUGUGGUUAAAGCUCCAGUCAGAGCAGGUCAGUUUUGGUUCAUGGAAGGACCUACACAGGAGAGAUGCCCUACAAGUGCUUCCAAUGUGGUAGCAAAGCUGGCAGCGUGCUGAUACAUCUGAGGACUCACAGCAGGGAAUAGCCGUAUGACUGUCCAGAUUGUGUGAAGUUUCAUUGGAUACUCCCACCUUGUGAGACACCUGAGGACUCACACAGGAGAGAAACCCUUUGAAUGUCUUGUUUGUGGGAAAUGAUUCAAUCAGAAUUCCCACCUGGUGGAACACCAGAGGACUCACACAGAGAGAAACCCUUUGAAUGUCCUGAUUGUGGGAAAAGUUUCCAUAAGAAUUCUGACCUGGUGAAACACCAGAGGACUCACACAGGAGAGAAACCCUUUGAAUGUCCUGUUUGUGGGAAAAGUUUCAGUCAGAAUUCUAAUCUGGUGAACCAUCAGAGGACUCACACAGGAGAGAAACCUUUUGAAUGUCCUGUUUGUGGGAAAAGUUUCAGUGAGAAUUCUAACCUGGCUAAACACCAGAGGACUCACACAGGAGAGAAACCCUUUGAAUGUCCUCUUUGUGAGAAAAGUUUCAGUAGCAAUUCUGUCCUAGUGAAACACCAGAGGACUCACACAGGAGAGAAACCCUUUGAAUGUCCUGUUUGCGGGAAAUGUUUCAGUCAGAAUUCCUAUCUAGUGAAUCAUCAACAGACUCAUACAGGAGAAAAACCCUUUGAAUGUCCUCUUUGUGGGAAAAGUUUCAGACAAAAUUCUGACCUUGUGAAACACCAGAGGACUCACACAGGAGAGAAACCCUUUGAAUGUCCUGUUUGUGGGAAAAGUUUCAGUCAGAAUACUAACCUGGCUAAACACCAGAGGACUCACACAGGAGGGAAACCCUUUGAAUGUCCUGUUUGUGGGAAAAGUUUCAGUGAGAAUUCUAACCUGGCUAAACACCAGAGGAUUCACACAGGAGAGAAACCCUUUGAAUGUCCUGUUUGUGGGAAAAGUUUCAAUGAGAAUUCUGACCUGGCGAAACACCAGAGAACUCAUACAGGAGAAAAACCCUUUGAAUGUCCUGUUUGUGGGAAAAGUUUCAGUGAGAAUUCUAACCUGGUUAAACACCAAAGGACUCACACAGGAGAGAAACCCUUUGAAUGUCCUGAUUGUGGGAAAAGUUUCAGCAGCAAUUCUCUCCUGGUGAAACACCAGAGAACUCACACAAGAGAGAAACCCUUUGAAUGUCCUAUUUGUGGGAAAAGUUUCAGUCAGAAUUCCUAUCUAGUGAGUCAUCAACAGACUCAUACAGGAGAAAAACCCUUUGAAUGUCCUCUUUGUGGGAAAAGUUCCAGAAAAAAUUCUGACCUCGUGAAACACCUGAGGACUCACACAGGAGAAAAACCAUUUGAAUGUCCUGUUUGUAGGAAAAGUUUCAGUCAGAAUUCUAACCUGGUGAACCACCAAAGGACUCACACAGGAGCGAAACCCUUUGAAUGUUCUGAUUGUGGUAAAAGUUUCAGUCGGAAUUAUGACCUGGUGAUACACCAGAGGACUCACACAGGAGAGAAACCCUUUCAAUGUCCUAUUUGUGGGAAAAGUUUCAGUGAGAAUUCUAAACUGACUAAACACCAGAGGACUCACACAGGAGAGAAACCCUUUGAAUGUCCUGUUUGUGGGAAAAGUUUCUCUGAGAAUUCUAACCUCGCUAAACACCAGAGGACUCACACAGGAGAGAAACCCUUUGAAUGUUCUGUUUGUGGAAAACAUUUCAGUUACAAUUCCAACUUGGUAAGACAUAGUAGAAGUCACACAAGAGAUAAACCCUUUGCAAAUGUAGAAUGUGGGAAAAGUUUCAGUGAAAAUUCUGACCUGGUAAAACACCAGAGGACUUACACAGGAGAGUAACCCUUUGAGUAACCUGAUUAUGGGUAUAUUUCAGUCAGAAUUCCAACUUGCUGAAACACCACAUGACUCACAUAGGAGAGAAACCCUUUGAAUGUCUUAUUUGUGGCAAACAUUUCUGUCAGAAUUUGAACCAGGUGAUAUACCAGAAGACUCACAGAGGAGACAAAUCUGUGGAUGUUGUUUCUGGCAUAAAUUGUUCUUUAUUGCCUACAUGGAAAUCGAAUUGAGGGAAAAGUUGAUGAGUUUAGAGAAGGCUUGAAUUUUAUUUCUCGUGUCUCAUUUGGAAUGUAGGUAAAAACAUAUAUCAGAAUUAGACUUGUAAGUGGAGAAAAAAGGAAAAUGGAAAAGAGCUAACUACCAGUUUCUUGUUAUCAGCAGCAAUUUCAUUUUUGCAGAAGUACUGGAAUUCCUGAAAAAGGCUUUUGGGUGGUGGUUUUUGUAUAUUGAUUAUGGAAUUCCCACAGCGGGAGUUUCCGUCUUCUACCUUAUUGUUCUCCAGAUUUUGGGCCCCAGAAUACACUAGCCACCAUAGAAAUAGUCCUCUAGAUACAACUGUAAUGGGGCCUGCCAAUUAUGGCUGUAUGUUGCAAUCGUUGUUAAGUGAGAUUACUUUGCUUAACUACCUACCCCCAUCCCCUUCUCGCCCUGAUGAAAUUGUUAAAUGAAUGUUCAAGUCGUUAAGCAGAACAGUGCAGUUGUGGAAUUCUACCGGUUCUCACCGGUUUGGUAGAACCGGUUUUUAAGUAGUUAAGCACUUCAGACAACCGGUUGUUAGAAGAAAUCUCCUUUUGUUUUUUUCCACUUUACAGGGUUAAUCCUGUAAGGAAUUACAACAUAAUAUUCUUUAUUCUCCUGCUUACAGAAACUGCCUCUCCGUUAACGCUUAUUACAAUUUUACUGUCACUUCCAGUUCCAGAGCUUCUUGGAGAGUUUUUUGUUUUUUUACUUUCUUAAAGGGAAAGGGUUGUUUUAAGCUUUUUACACCGCUGUUGGGAGGAAAUACUCCUGUGUUGGAGUUCUUCCAGCCAGGAUACAAUGAUCAGCACUUUGAAGAAAUAAUUGAAUAACAAAACAGAAGCUUUUAAUGACAAGGAACGAAGAUGAGUGACAUUCAGCAAGGCUUAUUGGCUAGCUAGAAAGAUUAACAUUCAAACAUGAGUUUACAUACCCUUUCACACUUUUGACCAGUCCUAGCACUUACGACUGUCCUCACAUUUUACGUUUUGCGCCCUAUCUUGUAAUUGUAGUGAAGAGAAGCAGUUGUGAAAUGAGUGACACAGUUGGUAAAUAUGCUUCAACGGGCAUAAAUGUGAGGAUGGUCAUAAGUGUGAGGACCGGUCAAAAGUGCAAGGACCAGUCAGAUAUGACUUUUUUUAGCCUUCUGAUUAGUCCCUAUGCACAUAGCCAUGGCCCACCCAGUCACAUGACCACCAAGCCAUGCCACAAAAUAAGCCACGCCCACAAAACCGGUUGUUAAAAAAUUUGAAUUCCACUACUGGAACAGUGACUACCGCAGGGUUGUGGGAAUCUCUUGUAGGCCUAGCCUCCACGACUUCACCUUUUGGGUCUCCACAGCAUUUUUGUAUUCCCACUGGGUCCCUGGAAUUGUUAGGCCUGACUCCCAACUCACCAGGCAUCACAGCCUCCUCCUUCUCCAUAUCUUUUGAAGAUCUCUGAACCUCAUAUUGGUGAAGGAAGGCAAAACACGCAUUUGUGGGCUUCUUGACUGUAUCGUUGAAGCAGUCAUUAUUUUGAAUGUGCUUGGGAUUCAUGCCUGGGUCAUGUGGUGGACUUGUGGAAGCAGCUGCCAUUUUGUCAUGUCUGCUUCUGUGUCAAAAUGGUGGCUGCUUCUGGGUCAUUGUUACUAGGACAAAGUAUUCUGUUUUGCUACCGUAACACUUUGUAAACUGUGUUAAGGAAUUGUGGGUGCAGUGAAAAUGGUGGCUGCCUUUGGGAUAUCUUCAAAUGGGCAGGCCAAGUAUCCCGGGCACUAUGAUAAGUACCACUUGUGCCAGUAUUGUGCUGUAUAGUGCUGCCACUGCCAAAAAAAGCCAAUGCAGUCCUAGGCUGCAUCAACAGAGGCAUAGUGUCAAGACAAGAAGUGAUAGAGUUGCUUUACACUGUGCUGGUGACAGCAGACCUAGAAUAGUAUGUCCAGUUCUGGUCACGAGGAUACAACUAACCCCAUGUUGCUAUGAUUCUAUGAAUUCAGAGGCAGUUUAGAAAAUAGGUCCACAGUUGCGCCAUAAACAUGCUUGUGGACUUUUUUUAAAAAAAGGUUAUUUUAUUCAAAAUAUUAAUAUACAGUACAAAUUCCAAAAACAGAAUUUUUAAAAAAGCAAAACAAGGAUAGAAAGUCCAUAUAAAAAGAAAAAAUGUACAUUAAAAUAGGUAAAAACAGAUUUACUUUUAUUAUCCCCCCCACUAGAAUAUUCGUAUACAUAUUGGAGCAAUAUUAGUUGUCUCCCCUUGUGAAGCAGGCUCAAAAUUUAUAAACUUCUGCUUCUAUUUAUAGCCAAUUUGACAUUCAUCUAUCUACAAUCUAUAAAGGCAUUGUAAUUAACAGGUGAACCAACAACAAAGUUAAAUAACAAAGCACUUUGUUAACAAUCAUUAAUAAUUAAUAAUUCAGUUUAAUUUGUAUAAAGUUUAAAAUGGCUUAUUUACCAUAAAUCACCAGAAUCAUUGUCUCUGAUUUGUCCGGGCUGAAAUAUCUUUGUUUGAUUCUUAUUAAUAAAACUUUUUUUAAAAUUUAAGUUGAGAACAAUAAGACAACAGUUGUUUUUUAUUCCUCCAAAUCAUAAAACCUCUUGGUUGAUCCAUUUUCCACAUUGUUUUCCAGUUAGAUAUGGUAGAUCCAUUCCCCAGUCUUAAGAAAGUCCAGUUCAUAAUGCAUCGAGUCUGUUAACUCCAAAUCUAUAGGAGCCAUAUCCACUUCCGCCUUCUCCCAACCAUCCUGCAGUUUCCAAUCCGUCGUGAGGGGCCUUUUAAGAAGUGACUGUGCUCCCUAUGGGAGCUUCUUUGGAAGAUCUCAGACUCACAAAGGGAUUCAUUUGGGAGAGACCCAUGCAUUUGUGCGCACUCAUAAUCCCAAAUUCCUCCAUCAGUCCCAGAAGAAGGGGAUCUCCCAGAGCAGAAAUGUUUUUUUCUCACCACAAUCCUUCACAUCCUUCUGGGUAAUCCACCAGCUGGAUACAACAACAAUUAUUUCCUCCCCAUGAUGUUUCCAGCAAAUGACAUCCAAUGCAAACAGCUGUCAGGCCUGGAAACCAUCUUGGGCAUUGGAUCUUCAGGCCUGCCACAUUUAGUGCUGUGGGAAACUGGGAGGGGGGAUUAUAUGGAGAUGGGGAAAUAUAUAGCCAAAAUAACAUUCCUUUCUGCGAGAGUCAAGGCCACUCUGCCCUGCACCUGGAGGGGUGUGACUGGGAAGCAUCUCCAGUUGAGACGGUGCAUUGAUUGAACCAUGUGUUGGACAUGUGGGUGCUGGGGGAGGGACUUGGACUUUUUUUUUAGUAGGGAAAACCUGGAAGCUUUCAGAUUCGGGUUUUUCCUGCCAAUAUGACAUCUCUUAUAAAAUGGAACUUUGAGGAAUGCCUAGUCUCAGUGUCUUCUUUCAUUGGGGGUGUUACUUUGAACCGUGAUAUUAACUUGAAUCUUCCAUUAAAUCUUCUACCAGCUCCCUGAACUCUGGGGUGCUGUCCUGGGCCCUGAGCCCUGAACGUCAACCCAAAACUGGGCGGCACAAAGACUCAGGGAAGAUGGAGGAAGACAAGACGGCCAUGGAGGGAACCAUGGCUGUGGAAGCGGAGCACCAACUGGGUGCCUGGCCCAAAGAGCUGGCACCUGAGCACGCCACUCAGCCUGAUCCCAUUCUAUGGAGCAAGGCUGCGGGAGCUGGGCUGUCCCAGGAGGCAUUGGUCAGAGAGAUGCUGUCGAGCCAGC